GAGGCCGGAGGAGGAAGAGCUGGAGGAAGGAGGGGACGCCGCCGCCGCCGCGCGCCGAGGACCUGGGUGCGCGCGCUCCGCUCGCCCGUGACCGAGCCUCCAGCCCCGGGCCCGCACCCCCGCCCAGCAGGACCGGCUGGAGCUGGAGGACGCCUGGGCCGAUGGGGAAGGAGGCCGUGGUCCCGGCAGGACGCGGGCGGACAGCGCGAGGCGGCCGGCCCUGAGGGAGCACACCCCCCCAGCGCGCGGGCCGCGUGGCCAUGCGGCUCCGGCCGGGACACCCGUGAGAGCGCGGGCGCCCGUCCCUCCGUCCCUCCGGGGGCUGCCGCCCCGCCCCCCACCCCGUCCCCCCCGGCAGGCAGAGCGGGGGCUCCCGCGGGGCUGGUCCCGAUGGCCGGGGGCCGGUGGGGCGCGCCGUGGGCCUGGGCGUGCGUGGCGGCGGCUGCCCUGCUGCACGCGGGCGGGCUGGCGCGCGGCGACUGCUGGCUGAUCGAAGGCGACAAGGGCUUCGUGUGGCUGGCCAUCUGCAGCCAGAACCAGCCGCCCUACGAGGCCAUCCCGCAGCAGAUCAACAGCACCGUGGUGGACCUGCGGCUCAACGAGAACCGCAUCCGCAGCGUGCAGCACGCGGCGCUCAGCCGCUUCGGGAACCUCACGUACCUCAACCUCACCAAGAACGAGAUCGGCUACAUCGAGGACGGCGCCUUCUCAGGCCAGUUCAACCUGCAGGUGCUGCAGCUCGGCUACAACCGGCUGCGCAACCUGACGGAGGGCGUGCUGCGCGGCCUGGGCAAGCUGGAGUACCUGUACCUGCAGGCCAACCUCAUCGAGGUGGUGGCACCCGGCACCUUCUGGGAGUGCCCCAACAUCGUCAAUGUGGACCUGUCCAUGAACCGUAUCCAGCGGCUGCACAGCGCCACCUUCGCGGGCUUGGCCAGGCUGUCCGUGUGCGAGCUCUACAGCAACCCCUUCUACUGCUCCUGCGAGCUGCUGGGCUUCCUGCGCUGGCUGGCGGCCUUCACCAACGCCACGCAGACCUACGACCGCAUGCAGUGCGAGUCGCCGCCGCUCUACUCCGGCUACUUCCUGCUGGGCCAGGGCCGCCACGGCCAGCGCAGCAUCUUCAGCAAGCUGCAGUCCGUGUGCACCGACAGCGCCCACGCGCCCGAGACCCGCCCGGUGCCCGGCCGCCCCCCGCCGCCACCCCCCGCGCCACCCGCGGAGCCCAGCGAGGCGCCGUGCGCCGAGGACGAGUGCUUCUCUGGCGACGGCACCACCCCGCUGGUGGCCCUGCCCACGCUGGCCCCGCAGGCCGAGGCCCGCCCGCUCAUCAAGGUUAAGCAGCUGACGCAGAACUCGGCCACCCUCACGGUCCAGCUGCCCAGCCCGUUCAACCGCAUGUACACGCUGGAGCACUUCAACAACAGCAAGUCGUCCACCGUGUCCAGGCUGACCCGGCCCCAGGAGGAGAUCCGCCUGACCAACCUCUACGCGCUCACCAACUACACCUACUGUGUGGUCUCCACCAGCUCGGGGCUGCACCACAACCACACCUGCCUCACCCUCUGCCUGCCCAAGCCGCCCAGCCCGCCGGGCGCCGCGCCCAGCCCCUCCACGGCCACCCACCACAUCGUGACCGUACUGGGCUGCCUCUUCGGCAUGGUGCUGGUGCUCGGCGCCGUCUACUACUGCCUGCGCCGGCGGCGGCGCCAGGAGGAGAAGCACAAGAAGGCGGCUGCGGCGGCCGCGGCCGGCAGCCUCAAGAAGACCAUCAUCGAGCUCAAGUACGGGCCCGAGAUGGAGGCGCCCGGCCUGGCCCCGCUGUCCCAGGGCCCGCUGCUGGGCCCCGAGGCUGUGACCCGCGUCCCGUACCUGCCGGCGGGCACCGGCGAGGUGGAGCAGUACAAGCUGGCGGAGGGCGGCGAGACGCCCAAGGCCAGCAAGGGCGGCUACAUCGAGGUGCGCACGUCGGAGCAGGCCGAGCGCCGCGACGGGGAGCCAGGCCGGCCGGGCCCCGACAGCCAGAGCUCGGUGGCCGAGAUCUCCACCAUCGCCAAGGAGGUGGACAAGGUCAACCAGAUCAUCAACAACUGUAUCGACGCUCUCAAGUCCGAGUCCGCCUCCUUCCCGGGCGGCACGUCCUCCGCCGUGUCCGCGGCCGAGCCGCAGCUGGUGCUGCUGUCCGAGCCGCUGGCCGGCCAGCACGGCUUCCUGUCCCCCGCGUACAAGGACGCCUUCGGCCACAGCCUGCAGCGUCACCACAGCGUGGAGGCCGCCCCGGGGGCCCCGCGCGCCAGCACCUCCUCCGGCGGCUCGGCGCGCAGCCCGCGGCCCUACCGCACCGAGGCCCCCGGGGCGCACAAGGGCACGGCCGCGGAAGCCAAGUACAUCGAGAAGAGCUCACCCGCGGCCGACGCCAUCCUCACCGUGACGCCCGCGGCCGCCGUGCUGCGGGCCGAGGCCGAGAAGAGCCGCCAGUACGGUGAGCACCGGCACUCGUACCCCGGCUCCCACCCCGCUGAGCCGCCUGCGCCCCCCGCGCCCCCGCCCCGUGAGAGCCUGGGCGGCCGCAAGGCGUCCAUCCUGGAGCCGCUGACCCGGCCGCGGCCCCGCGACCUGGCCUACUCGCCGCUGUCCCCGCAGUACCACAACCUGAGCUACUCCUCCAGCCCCGAGUACGCCUGCAGGGCCUCCCAGAGCAUCUGGGGGCGCUUCAGACUGAGCCGCCGGCACAAGGACGACCGGGAGUUCGUGGCGGCCGGCCACGCCCUGCGCAAAAAGGUUCAGUUCGCCAAAGAUGAGGAUCUGCACGACAUCCUGGCCUACUGGAAGGGCGUGUCGGCGCAGCACAAGUCCUGAGCCCCGCCAGGUGCCCUGUGCCCGUGUCCUCCCCACAGCGCACGAUGCCCACGGGACCAAAAAGGACACGAGACCCACUGCAGCUAUUUGUAACCCAGAGACUCACGGGACACAC